AGCCCGGCCCCCUUUUCUUUGUCAAGAUAAGUUUAUCUCCUAUUACAAGUACGUCGUGAUAAAAUUGUUUCCUUUUAAGUAUAAGCUGGUUCCAGAUACUACAUUUUGUUGCAUCUUUCUUCGGUAGUGUAUUUUAAUAAACUGCAGUACCAUGAUUCGGAGGGGAUUACUUGGUCUUGUUUUGCUGGGUUUGGUGUACUCAGAUUGUGUGAUUCCAGCAGAAUUACAAGAAGCUUGGGGCUAUGUUGAUGUGCGCCCAAAAGCUCACAUGUUUUGGUGGUUUAUGAAAACCCCUUGUGGUGAUGUUGAUAAUCGUCCUAUUGUUAUUUGGCUGCAGGGUGGUCCUGGAGGAUCUGGCACUGGAUAUGGAAACUUCAUGGAAGUUGGACCACUAGACAACAACCUUCAACCCAGAAACUACACCUGGUUAAAAGAAGCUAGUCUGCUCUUCAUAGACUCCCCAGUUGGAGCAGGCUUCAGCUACGUGGACGAGGAGGAUGCCUUCACAACCACAGUUUACGAAGUUGCAGAUGACCUGGUGACAGCUCUAGGUGAAAUCAGCACCAUGCUUCGUGCAAAGCACUACAACGGAUCUAGCCUACCACCCAUCUUCAUAUUCUCUGAGUCAUAUGGAGGUAAAGUAGCACCAGUAUUUGGCAGUAAGAUUGUCGAGGCUCAAAGUAAAGGCUUCCUGAGUGAUGUUGAACUCGGUGGUGUAGCUAUAGGGGAUGGUGCAGUCUCUCUGGUGGAUUCAGCAGCCAUGUACCCUGAUUAUCUCUUCCAGAUGAGUCAACUAGACUACCGACAGUACAAAACGAUGAAAAUGAUGGCUAUGGACAUGGAGCUAGCAUACAUGUCAGGAGACUAUAACAGUUCAAGUAACUACCUAGGAGUUAUCAUGGAAAUGAUUCAAAAUGUUACAGAUGACGUGUUCUUCUAUAACAUUAUUUACCACCACCAACCAGCCCCAUCACUGAAGAGAGUUGUCGGACCGAACUGGGAAGCCAUACAAAAUUUGAAGCACUUACAAAAUUACGAAAUGAUGACCAAAUCAGAGAAAAAGAAUUUCGUCAAAUCGUUCAAGAGCAGUAGUUACCCAAUGAAAAGGCUGACCAUAGAUUACAAUGGAGAAAAUGUAAAGAAACUGAUGAAUGAGAAGAUGAGAGAAAAGUUUGGCAUCAUUCCAAAAGAGAUAAAGUGGGGGGCUCAAGGAGUUGCAUGUCACAGUUACUUGGCAGAUGAAAUGAUAAUUGAUGUAAUCGACUCAGUUGACGACUGUUUAGCAAAUGGUGUUAGAGUCAUAGUCUACAAUAGAAUGCUAGAUUUAAUCAUCAACUCUGCUGGACAGGACAAGUGGAUAAAUAAGCUGACUUGGCCAAGCUUGGAGGAUUAUUACCAACAAGAAAGAAUUCCGCUAUAUCCACCAUCAUUGGCAAAGGAGCAGAGAACAGGAGCUUUCCACAAAGCUUACAAGAACUUUGAAUACUACUGGGUACUUAUGAGUGGACAUAUGGUACCAAUUGACGCACCUGAAAUGUCGCUCGAAAUGGUUAGAAGAAUCCUCAGUAAUGAGCACAAUUAAGGACAAUGAACAAUCUUCAGGUCAAUAUUCCUUCUUAUCAUUCAUUAUUUCUACUAUGAUUUUGGUUGUUAUUGAUUGUUACUGAUAAUUUGUAACUUAAUUUCUUGACUAUAGGAUUAUUGUUGAAAUUCCCAGUCAGAUCUGAUGAGAUAAUGUUACCUUGAAUUUUUAUACCCUGGCAAUAAUGAACAUCACUAGAUAUUAAACAUGUUAUGUCAUGUUUUAACUGAAUUGAUUUGUAUACAAACAA